AUGCGAAAGGCAGCUCGUCGAGUGCCGCCCGAGCUGCGACAGCGCACGGCACGCAGCUGCGAUCGUUGUAAGGCAAGAAAACACAAGUGCCUGCAAAUCCCCGGGCAAGCUCGCUGUCAGCACUGCGAACAUUUUAAUUAUACCUGCAAGACCACCAAGCCUAGAAAGAAAAGACUCUAUGGCAGCGCAGACAAUGUGCGCGCUCGAAUUGCCUAUCUGGAGGGCAUAGUCAAACAAUACGUCAAUGCUGAAGGAGACCUUUCCUCUCUCGAAGUACUGCAGGAGCUUGGAGCGUCGUUGAACAUUACUGUUGGCAACAUCCAAGAUGUCAAGCUUGAUUGUCCUGAGAUCGAUCCAUACGAGCCAGAACAGGCGACAUCCACUGAGCAGAACGAGGAGCUUGUUCAAGACCAGCAAGGCCAAGAUCAGUAUAUCGGCCCUGCAAGCUCCUAUUUCUUCCAAAUGAAGCUCAGGAGCCUCCUGGGGCGUCAACGCCAGCACCCAAGGUGUCAGAUGUAUCUCUUCGGUCCCAAUCCUACCGAGGAGACUCUGAAGCCAUUCGCUAGUGAUGUCCUCACAGAUUUCGAUGUCCGAGCGAUUGCGAUACCUUCGCAACUUGGUGUGGAUGCCGCUUGUCUACCGUACUCGGUUCCUUUGCUUGAUCAUUUCGUCAUCGAGGGACUGAUCCGAGCUUAUUUCGACUAUGUCAACGUCGACUUCCCUGUUCUCCAUGAGGCCUCGUUCUUGGAGACCUUCAAUAGAUGGCGAGUUUCACCAAGUUCGGUCGACCGACCGUGGGUCUGUGGUCUGUUAUGCGUAUUGCUCCUGAGCCGACGCAUUAUGCCGCUGGGGACGACUGAGACUCAGCAGCAAAAAUGGUGGACUUAUGUCGAGUCACUCUUGCCGAGCAUGAUCUUCACGAACAAUAUCCAUUCAAUCCAGGCACUGAUGCUGGCUGCCUUGCAUCUUCACAACACAAAUCAUCGUGACGCAUGCUGGACUCUGACUGGAGUAGCAGCCCGGAUCGCAGUUGCUAUUGGACUUCAUCGCGAUGAAGUAGUGUGUGAAGGCCCGCAACUGAAUAGAGAGCUUAGGAGGUCACUUUGGUGGACUCUCUAUAGCUUCGAGCAGAUUCAGGUCUCCUCUCAUGAUCGGCCCAGUGCCAUAGAAAGUACAUUAGGCUCCACUUCGCCGAAUGAGAGGGUACUCAACAUCAAUACCUCCAAUUGGCCUGCAGAUUAUGCGCCCUGGUCGACAAAGCUUGUGUCCAUCCUAGGCCUCGUAUGCCGCGCACUGCCAAAUCUCACUAGCGAGAGCGGCUUUUCCUCCGUCGCUGAAUUGCUUGGGGAAUUGACUCUGUGGCAUACAUCGCUACCACAGCAUCUGACCCUCCAGGAAUUCGACAUGUUGCCCGAUGGACACAAGAGACCGGUUCUCUUGCUGCAUAUCCAAUAUCACUAUACGGUCUCUUUGCUCACUCGCCACUCAUUGUUGCGACACCUUGCUUCCACGAUUCAAGGGCAGACCAGUGACAUGAAUGAAAAAGAACUCGAGACAAUCGCUAGGGUGUGUUGCGACUCCGGUCGGAAAAGUUGCGAAUUGUUGUUGCAUCUUGAUAUGAUCGGAAAGUUCAAUGCUGUGACCUGGUGGGACAUCUAUUACGUGUAUUCCUCGGCAUUAGUUAUGACGCUGAGUAUCUUGUCUGAUUGUACGCGACAGCAGAGUGAGGGGUAUAGCAAUCAUGAAUCGCUCUCCCUGCUCCACAACUGUGCGCUCAUUCUUAACCGUCACUCGGGUAACCCGAUGGUGCCCGAUACCAUGCGUCGCUGGAUUGGAGCUAUCUAUGACAUCGACAUGUUGGUUCAUGAAAGAGUAAGCCCGACGCAACAAGGACCUUUCAAUCAACAGGCACCUUUCAAUCAACAGGCACCUUUCAAUCAACAGGCACCUUUCAAUCAACAGGUACCUUAUAUGUAUGGCUCCGUUGCCAGGAAUGAGGUGUUCUACCCCAACACAGAGCACAACGCCUUGCAGAUGAACCCAGAAAUGGGUAUGGUCAUGAACGGCAACAAUGUUCCCGGGAUGCCCAUGCCGGUUUGGGGUGGUGAAAAUGAAUAUUUCUCUUGGGACUCAAUCGGGUGCAUGUUGCUUGGAGUGGAGGCACUCGACAGCUCGUUCGGGCUGUGA